AUGACACAGGGUGUGGGGCGCCCACAUGUCCUGAACUUGGUGGAGCGUGAGUUUCCUUACGCUGCCCCGCCCCCCCACGAACCUGUGAAGACUCUGAGAAGCCUGAUCAACAUCCGGAAGGACACGCUGAGACUUGUCAAAUGUGCUGAGGAAGUGAAGAGCCACGGAGAAGAGGCGGGCAAAGCGAAGGUCCACUACAACGUCGAGUUCACCUUUGACACAGAUGCCCGGGUAGCCAUCACCAUCUACUAUCAGGCCACUGAGGAAUUCCAGAACGGCAUUGCCAGCUACAUCCCAAAAGACAACAGCCUGCAGUCAGAGACCGUGCACUACAAGCGAGGGGUGUGCCAGCAGUUUUGCCUGCCCUCCCAUACCGUGGACCCCUCAGAGUGGGCUGAAGAGGAGCUUGGCUUUGAUCUGGACCGAGAGGUCUACCCUUUGGUAGUGCAUGCUGUGGUGGAUGAAGGAGAUGAAUAUUUUGGCCACUGCCAUGUGCUUCUGGGCACCUUUGAGAAGCACUCAGACGGGACCUUCUGUGUCAAGCCCCUCAAGCAGAAGCAAGUGGUGGAUGGCGUCAGCUACCUUCUUCAGGAGAUCUACGGGAUUGAAAACAAGUACAACACACAAGAUUCCAAGGUGGCAGAGGAUGACGUCAGUGACAACAGUGCGGAGUGUGUGGUGUGUCUCUCGGACGUCCGUGACACUUUGAUCCUGCCCUGCCGGCACCUGUGCCUCUGCAACACCUGUGCAGACACCCUGCGCUACCAGGCCAACAACUGCCCCAUCUGCCGGCUGCCCUUCCGGGCACUGCUUCAGAUCCGAGCCAUGAGGAAAAAAUUGGGCCCUCUGUCUCCAAGCAGCUUUAACCCCAUCAUCUCUUCCCAGACUUCGGACUCUGAGGAACAUUCAUCCUCAGAGAACAUCCCCGCGGGCUAUGAAGUGGUGUCUCUCCUGGAGGCCCUCAAUGGGCCCCUCACCUCAUCCCCAGCGGUGCCUCCCCUUCACGUUCUUGGAGAUGGCCACCUCUCAGGAAUGCUGCCGUCCUAUGGCAGUGAUGGCCACCUGCCCCCUGUUAGGACACUGUCCCCACUUGACCGCCUGUCUGAUUGCAACAGCCAAGGGCUCAAACUCAACAAGUCUCUCUCCAAGUCCAUUUCCCAGAAUUCUUCUGUACUUCACGAAGAGGAAGAUGAGCACUCUUGCAGUGAGUCAGACACUCAGCUCUCUCAGAGGCUGUCAGCCCAGCAUCCUGAAGAGGGACCUGAUGUGACUCCAGAGAGUGAGAACCUCACGCUGUCCUCCUCAGGGGCUGUUGACCAGUCAUCUUGCACAGGGACUCCGCUCUCUUCCACCAUCUCCUCCCCAGAAGACCCAGCCAGCAGCAGCCUGGCCCAGUCAGUCAUGUCCAUGGCCUCCUCCCAGAUCAGCACUGACACCGUGUCCUCCAUGUCUGGCUCCUACAUCGCACCUGGCACAGAAGAAGAAGGAGAGGCCCCACCUUCCCCCCGAGCUGCUAGCAGGGCCCCUUCAGAAGAGGAGGAGACCCCAGCAGAGUCCCCAGACAGCAAUUUUGCUGGCCUUCCAGCUGGAGAGCAGGAUGCAGAGGGAAAUGAUAUCAUGGAGGAAGAGGACAGAUCCCCUGUGCAAGAAGAUGGCCAGAGGACAUGCGCAUUUCUAGGCAUGGAGUGUGACAAUAACAAUGACUUUGACGUCGCGAGCGUGAAAGCACUGGACAAUAAGCUGUGCUCUGAGGUCUGCUUACCCGGUACCUGGCAACAUGAUGCCGCCAUUGUCAACCGUCGCAAUACCCAGCGCCGGCGACUAUCACCCAGCAGCCUGGAGGACCCUGAGGAGGACAGGCCUUGCGUAUGGGAUCCUUUGGCUGUCUGAGGGCACUGGCACCUGUACCUGGACUUCCCCUCCUGUCCGCCUUCCAUCUGUCCUCACUGGACCACAGGCCUUGUGGGCAUCUUCAACAAGACACGUGGACUUUCUAGAACUCUCAUGAAGGGAGGACUGCAACCCUCCACCAACUUCAUCUCCUGUAACCAUGAUUCUUACCCUCUCAGAAAGUACCAGAAGCCUUCCUCCUGUGGGCUGAUGUGUGCCAGCCAAACCCAGUGGGUCAGCUGAGCUGAGGGUCAGGGCUGUUGUUUCUAUAGCCUUUUCUCUUCCAAGUGGAGACCAACGAGACUGAAGAGUUUGGCAGCUUUGUUAGACACCCAUGGAGGGUUUUGGUUUCUGGCACCUCAUAAGCAAUUAGAAACCUAACUCAAAGCGGUCAGGAACUGGCUCCAUGAGGGACACCGUCCACACCUGCCUCCCAGAACACCGGGAGCUCCUUACUCGAGCCUAAGGGAUUGGUAGCAGCUGAAGUGUUGGUUGGGAGCCAGAUCUACUCAGAGUUGGUCUCCUGCACCUCCUGUGCCGCAGUUAGGAAGAUCACCCUUGCAAGGCCUGUCCUCAGGUGCAGUCAGGAAGGGCUGCUGGGCCACCUCCAUGCAGCGCCAGGGCUGGCUCUUCACUACCUUCACUGCAGCCACUGAGGGGGAGGCUCAAACCCAGCUAAGCGCUUCGCUGCCCACUUCGUAAGAGCUGAAGAACGAGGCUAAGAGCUGAUGCCAGCGGUUCUCAAAACUGCUGCGCAGGACACCAAAGGAAUGGCAAAGGCUCUGGACCAGAGGCUUAGAAGACCUCCCUACCCUAGUGUACUCCUCCCCUGCCUUUCAGAUCGGAGAUGAGAGGUGCGGACUCUCCAUGGGUUCACCAGUGCUGAGAGAUGCGAUCCAGUCAGCACUCAAAGCCACGGCAGCAAACUGGCAGGAAAUUGUUGGGUGUCACACCUUUCUCAGUUCAGUGGGUUUUACACGGCUCUAAGGGAGAUGGAUGCCUGUCUACUGGUCUUUUGGGACAGGGAGUUAGUUGUUCAGGGGAACAUGAGAUGUUUGGGAAUCAAGAUUAGUGACAGGUACCUAGGGUGAGAUACCAGGAGCUUUAGACUUGCUAGUGUGGUCCUGGAAAGGCUUUCCCCCAAACGCCUGUGCCCAGGACCCUGAGGGGAGAUGGGGUUGGAGAGCACCCUCAAACUUGCUAUGUAGCUGAGAAUGACCUUGAACUUCUGAUUUCUCUGCCUGGAUUGCCCAAGCAUUAGAAUUCCAAGCCUGCACCACUACACAGCUCUCCUUUAUGUGGCAAUCACACUGCUAGGGGGAAAUCUGCUGUGCUGCCCAAGUGUGAUAGGCUGAGCUUGAGAUCCCAUCGCCCGUUCAAAGGCUACAUCCUAUCUUUUACUUGCCCAACAUUCCAGUAGCCCCUUUCACACUUAAGACUCACACCAGUGUAAGCUGAGCAAUACCUACACUUCCUCAAAGCCGGGAGCAGAAGCAACGGGGAAGUUCCCUUAGCCUGGGAUGGUGGCACAUAGAGAGAGCUGCCUCCUCCCCUGGAGGGCAGUAGGAAGGCGGUAUUCAAUGUGUGGUGUGACCCGGGAGGAGCGGUGGAAGAAGCUGAGAUGAAGGAGACGCAGGUAAACAGUGGCCAGGGACCCUCAAAAAAGCCAUUAUAAUCAGCCCUUCCCUCUGCCACACAAGUGCUCCGCCUGAAUUCAUUCCAUAAUCCCGGCACCCAGGUUAGAGUACCCUUUGCUCUGCCUUGCACAGCCCUGCCCCCUCACUCUGUCCUUUUACUUCUUGGCGAGCAGAAAUAGCCCAUUCACGGGGUGGAUCCCCAUCAGCUGGCACACUCAACCCAGUCCAUUUGGAAACAGUUCCUUUGUCAGGGUCCAAGCGAAAGGGCAAGCACGUUCUCUUGGUGCCUUUGGCUCCUCACCACACCACACCUUUCUAUACGUGGUACUGUAGUGAUCUCAGUCUCCUCAAGGAGCCUUUUGCUUUACCUAAUUUCAUCCCACCAGAGUUUUUACCUGCUGUGGCAUCUGCCGGGCACAAUCCCGAACACUAAGCCAUCUCACUGGGGAGCUAGUCCUGUCCACCUGGUGUUGGCUGCUGGUUGCUCACUUUGUUUUAGGACCUGCACACCUGGGGGUGUGUGUGUGUGUGUGUGUGUGUGUGUGUGUGUGUGUGUGUGUGUGCCAUCUGUGUACCCCUCACACUCCCUGGAGUACACUUGUGGGCACAUUACAGUGGGGACAUCAAGAUGCAAUAUUUAUGGAUUGCUGCAUGAUUCUUAAAAGUAAAUAAAACUGUUUACAGGGGCAGGGGAGCCGUUAACUACAAAGUGAA